UAUGCAGCAUGGACAGUUCUCGAAGAGAGGUAUGGCAAUCCCUUCCUCGUAGCAAAGGCCUUCAGAGACAAACUUGACGCAUGGCCUAAGAUAAGCUCUAAAGGCAGUAUGGAACUUCAAGCAUUUGCUGACUUCCUUUGCUGCUGUAAGACAGCCAUGUCGCAAAUGAAGGGGCUUGAAGUGCUCAAUGACUGCAAUGAAAACCACAAAAUGCUUGCAAAACUUCCAGAUUGGCUGACUUCAAGGUGGAACAGAAAGGUUACAGAAGUGCAAGAAGAGACUCACACCUUUCCAAGCUUCAGCCAAUUUGUAGAUUUCAUCUCACGGGAAGCCAAAAUUGCCUGUAAUCCCAUAACAUCUCUCUAUGCUCUGAAGCCAAGUGAAACUGAAGGGGCAAAAACAACAAGGAACAGAGGCAAUGGAGCAAAGGUGCUAGUAACUCGCUCAAAUGAAAAGACUGUUAGUGCUAGUUGUGUGUACUGUGAAAGGUCGGGUCACAGCCUACUUAAGUGUAGAAGGUUCAUAAAUGAGAGCAUUGUUGAGAGACUAAAGUUUGUUCAAGACAAGAAGUUAUGUUUUGGCUGUCUGAACUCUGGUCAUCGCUCCAAGGAUUGUGAAGGCAGAGAGACCUGUGACACAUGUAAUAAAAGACAUCCGACAUGUCUUCAUGACAAUCGCACUAAGGAAGACAGAACAAGGAGAAAUCAAACCAAGAACAGUGACAGGACAAGACAAAUGAACUCAGACGUCUCACAAGACAACAGUGUCACACCAACAACAAGUGAAGCAACUUCUAACAGAGUCACGCAGAAUGUUGACGACACUCACACAUCUUCCAUUAUUCCAGUAUGGGUGUCAACCAAAGGUGAGCCAGAGCAUGAAAUUCUUGUGUACGCGCUCCUUGAUACACAGAGCGAUACAACCUUUAUUCUUGAAGAAACGGCACAAGCUCUGCAUGUCAAAGGUGAAUCGACUCAGCUAAAGCUCACUACCAUGUCUUCAAGAAACACGGUUGUGGCUUGUCGCAAGCUCUCAGGUCUACAAGUCAGAGGGUUCUACUCAAAUAAGACCAUUUCCCUACCAGUAACAUAUUCCAGAGACUUUAUUCCCGCAAACCGAGAUCACAUUCCAUCACCUACAACAGCUAAGGCUUGGCCUCAUCUUGAAUGCAUUGCAAGUGAGAUCGCUCCACUACAAAGCUGUGAUGUUGGUCUGCUGAUUGGGUACAACUGCCCCCAAGCACUUGUUCCUCGUGAGGUUGUGUCUGGAAGGGAAAAUCAGCCGUUCGCCCAAAAAACUGAUCUGGGAUGGAGUAUUGUGGGUUAUGGCAAUUCAUGUCUUGAUUAUGGAGAUGCCUUCGGAAUAAGUCACCAAGUCAUUGUGAAGGAAGUGGUGCCUGACAUUCAGCCUUCUUCAAACUUCACCAACAAGGUUCACUAUGUCUACAGAACUCAAAUGAAGGAAAUUAUCUCUCCCACAGAGGUCAUACCCACUGGUGAAAUUAAGGUGGGAGAGUUAUCAACCAGUGACCCGGAGGUUAAGAAGGUUCAAGUCCACAAGAUACAAGUGGAGGAACAAAGGUCCUUGUUAGAUCGCCUACACAAGUUUUCCGACUGGUCGAGAAUGGUUAAGGCAGUUGCUAGACUCAAGCGCUAUGUGAAAGGUGCAAAGGAUCACAAGAUUAGAUCACACGACAUCAGUAACCUACAAGAGAGAGAGGAAGCAGAGUUAACGAUCAUAAAGAUGGUUCAAGAAACAGCCUUUGCUCAGGAAAUAAAAACCUUGCAACACCAUGAUGUGAUGCAGAUGAAAGACAAGGUUAACAAGUUACACAAGUUAUGUCCAUUUCUCGAUGACCAAGGCAUUCUUCGGGUAGGCGGACGCUUAACACAUGCAGCUUUGCACCCCAAUGUCAAGCAUCCUGCGAUCCUGCCAAGAGACAGUCACGUGUCGGCAUUACUGGUCAAACAUUAUCACGAGAAGACAUACCAUCAAGGACGAGGGAUCACCAUGAAUGAACUUCGAGCUAACGGAUUCUGGAUUCUUGGAUGCAGCAAGAUUGUGUCAUCUUACAUCUAUAAAUGUGUAAAAUGCAGAAGGUUCAGAAGGCGCACAGAGCAGCAGAAGAUGGCAGACCUCCCAGAGGAUCGGAUGGAGACCACACCGCCAUUCACCUACUGUGGGAUGGACUGCUUUGGUCCUUUUUAUGUCAAAGAAGGCCGCAAGGAGCUAAAGCGUUAUGGCUUGCUAAUCACUUGCAUGUGCUCCAGAGCAGUGCAUCUUGAAAUUCUUGACGAUCUCUCUACAGAUUCCCUCAUCAACUCUUUACGUGCAUUCGUAGCCAUCAGAGGUACAGUUCGCCAAAUAAGAUGCGAUCAAGGCACGAAUUUUGUCGGCACUAGAAAUGAGUUUCUUAGAGCAUUUAAGGAAAUGGAUCAAGCCAAGCUAGGGAAGCUGGACUGCGAGUUUCUCAUGAACACCCCAGCAUCUAGUCACAUGGGUGGUGUCUGGGAAAGACAAAUUCGCACCAUAAGAAGUGUUCUCACGUCCAUUCUGGAACAAUCAGCCAAACAACUCGACAGCUCCUCUCUGAGGACAUUCCUGUAUGAAGUCAUGGCAGUGAUUAAUAGCAGACCAUUGACUACUGACCAACUAUGUGAUCCAUCAAACCCAGAACCUUUAACACCAAAUCACAUACUAACCAUGAAAUCCACAAUCGUCUCUCCACCUCCAGGAAGGUUUGUGAAAGAAGAUCUUUAUCUCCGUAAGAGGUGGCGUCGUGUUCAACUACUUGCCAACACUUUCUGGACAAGGUGGAAAAAGGAGUAUUUGUUAAAUCUUCAAGGCAGACAGAAGUGGACCAAGGAGCACAGAAAUGCUAAGAUCAAUGAUGUUGUCCUCCUGAAGGAUGAGAUAACUCCACGCAACCAGUGGAAGUUGGCAAGGAUCAUUGAAGUGUAUCCUGGAAAGGAUGGAAAAGUGAGGAAGGUGAAAUUGCUGCUGAGUGAUCCAACCCUGGAUAGAGCAGGAAAACGUACCUCCAAACCUGUGCACCUGGAAAGACCCAUUCAGAAGACAGUCAUUCUGAUGGAAGCGGAAGAAGAUUCUCAACCGCACUCUGCUUAAAGGAUAAUUCAUGAUAGUUCAUUCACAAGCCGUUCAUUAGUUCAUAGGCAACACUUUAUUCUUUAAAAUCACAAGUGAUUGGUGGGAGUGUAACGGUCUUUUGCAUUUGAUGUUUGUUGCAUUUGAUAUUUGUUAAGUUGUAUGUCUGGAUUUUGUUCUUUUGCGCCCUCUGGUGGUCAACUGUGUAGGGUACAGCUUUGCUGUUUGAGUCUCCACCCAGCCACUUUUCCUUUGCUAGCGCACAUGGUGUCUGCAUGCUGCAGCUCACGGUUAGCUCCACACAGGGAGAAAAUAUCGUUUAAAGAGUGGAAAUAAUUGAGAAAGAAGAUGGAGGAUAAGGCAAUAAGGCCAUAAAGGACUAUUUAGCACCUCCUGGAUGUCAGCUCACGAGUUCUCACGGGUUGCC